AUGAAGCUCAAGCCGAAGCCGGCCGCCACUACUCCAGCCCCUGAGCCAGCAGCCCAAGAGGAGCCCAUGCCCCAGGAGGCAGCCUCCGAGGCAGACGCAACGCUGCCCGACCUGCCAUCCCCUGAGCCACAACAAGCCAAAGCCGGGGCUGGUGGUGAGGAACAAGUCGAGGCCCCUGACGCCGCUCCUGCUGAUGGCAUAGGUGCCCAGCAACCACCUUUAGAAGAAGCCGCAGGGACCUCGAGUCCUGGAGAGCCGCUGAUGGCCGGGCCUGGACCACCACAACACCACUCCACCUCCACCGCCCACCCCACUACCAGACCAGCCGCCACCCUCCCCGUGACCCCAUCCCAGGGCCCAGGCCGCCGCCCCGGCCGCGAGGCGGAGGUGCCGCUCAGGCCACCGCCCGCCGCGCCCGCCGCCGGGUGCAGGCGCCGCCCAGGCCUCCGCCCGCCGCGCUCGCCGCCGGGUGCAGGCAACGCCCAAGCCGCCGCCCGCCGCCCCAGCCGCUCGGUGCCCGCCGCCCAGGCCGCCGCCCCCUGCCCUGGCCACUGGGCGCAGGCGCCGCCCAAGCCGCCGCCCCGGCCGCCCGCCGCUCCAGCCGCCGGGCGCAGGCGCCGCCCCGUCUGCCGCUCGCCGCCCCGGCCGCCGGGCGCAGCCGCGCAGGCCGCCGCCCGCCACCCCGGCCGCCAGGCGCAACCGCGCAGGCCGCCGCCCCGGCCACUCAGCCCGUUGCCCAUCAUCCUCAUCUAUGGCAUCAACAAGUGGAUCUGGCUCGCGAGCUCCUCGUCCUCCUCGUGCUGCUGCUGCUGCUGGCGGUACUCCAUCCUCAAGCUUUGGCGCCGGCAGCGCUACAACCCCAACAUCAAGUGCUAUCCCUACUACUACUCCGAGUGGUACGCCAUUGUCAAGUGCUAA